ACGGAAACGUGACCCUCGCCGUUUACGAACAAAUCGCCGACCCGUCUCCUGCUCUCUCCCAAUUUCAGUCAGUUCGCUCCGCUCCCACAUGCCUCCUCCGCCUCCCUCUCGCCGUCCCGGCAUACCCAAUCCCUAGGCACCCCGCCGAAACCCUAGAUUCUCCUCUCCUGCUCCGAUGGCUGGGGCAGCGGCGUCCCCCGUGGCGGCCCACGUGGUGGAACGGUUCCGCUCGCGGCUGCGCGAGGAAGCGGGCAGCGGGGAGCCGGGCGCCUCCGCGGUCGUGCGCUUGUACGCGGAGGCGCUCCGCGAGCUUACCUUCAACUGCAAGCCGGUCAUCACCGAGCUCACCAUCGUCGCAGGCCAGCACGCCGCGCUCGCCGCCGGGGGAAUCGCCGGCGCCGUCUGCGCCCGCGUCGCCGAGGUGCCACCUGAUCAGAUAUUACCAUCUUUGUAUCUGCUAGAUAGUAUUGUGAAGAACAUAGGUGGGGAAUAUGUAGAGCAUUUUGCAAUUAGGUUGCAAAGUGUAUUUGUUGAUGCAUACUACAGAGUUCAUCCAAACCAGUAUGCUUCAAUGAGGCGCCUCUUUCGUACCUGGUGGCCAGUGUUUCCUUCUUCUGUGCUUCACAGCAUUGAGGAUGACCUUCAAUUUUCGCCCUCAGAGAAUAACCGUCCCACCACAUCGACAAAUGUGCAUCAAACAGAGUCGUUAUCUCCUAGACCAUCUCAUGGCAUACAUGUAAAUCCUAAAUACCUAGAAGCACAACAUAAGUUCAAGCGGGUCAAUGUGGCGCACCAGUCAGCAGCUCAGGACACUAGGCAAAUGUCUGAUGUGCAGGAGGAUCUGAUAAAUGGACUAACAUCGAAUAGUUCACAAGGACGGCCUUCAGUGUUUCAGUAUGCUGAUGAUCCUGGUCAACAAGAGAUGUUUCGACCUCUUGCUGGAGCAAUAAGGGCAACAUCGCCACAUCUCUUGAGAACACAUGCAUCUGAUGUGAAUCUAGAUGGGCCAUUAGCCAAUUCAAGGAGAAACUUGUCCAGAUCACCACCUCUUGAUGUGUUCCCUAGGAAUGUUUCCCCAAAGAGACCACUAGAGAGGCUACCACCAUCUCAUUCUGUAUUGGGACCUGAUCCCAGAAAAUUGCCUGAUCGAAAUGGCAGGUUAAGGUGGGCUUUGGACGAUGGUGCACAGUGGCCUACAAUAAGUAUGCUUGAUGAAGAGUACAGGAAGCAAAGUGCAAGGGAACUUAUUGAUGCAUAUGGAAAUUGUCAAGGACGAGAUGCUGAUGAACGACUUCCUAAAGUACAGCGCCUGGAUUCAAAUGGUAUGACUAGCAAAUCUGGUGCACGAAAUUGGUUAACUUCAGAGGAAGAGUAUUCAUGGGAGGAUAUGAGUCCAACUUUGACUGAUCGAGUCAGAAGCAGCAUGCCAUCUUUUCCUCCUGGAACCAUGAGAAUUGGAUUUCCUGGGGCAAAUGCAGGGCUACUGGAAUCUGAUGUUGGGAGGCACAAUUUCCUAAGCCAAGCUACUAGAUCAUCAGUUGAUGUUUCACCAUUUAAUAUUGAAGAUAGGAUUUCAGCUGCAAGUCAUGUUGACAUUUCCACAAGGAGAUAUCCAAGCAAUUUUGGUGUUCAGAAUGGAGCUCUUUUGGAGUACCAGAAUUCUGAACAUACUCUAAAUCAUGGGAGAAUUGCUACCAUGCCAGCUCCACCUUGGCAACAGCCUAUUGGUCUUCCAUUGCGAAUACAAGGACCUGAACAUCCUUCAGUACUUGGUAGAAUACCACAGCCUGUCGACGGUGAAAUGCCAGUCAAGAGGUUGGACAUUAGUGGCACGUACAAUGGUUUGAAUGUAGAUAAACCCUUGGUGAAGCAUAGGUCAUCACCUGCUCCUGCCCCGACAGAAUGGCUCCCCCUUCACCAUGCCCAAUCACAAACUUUACCACUAAUUCCACCUGAUACCAAACAUGUUAGAAGUGCAUCAGAUAGUUUAGAAAUUAGUUCUUUUGUUAGCCAUGGAGGUAGUUCAUCAGUAUUUGUUCCACGGCAUCAGUAUGAUGCCGUGGAUCGGAAAACAGGUACCAGUAACUUAGCUCAACCACCAUCACCAUAUCAGAACCAAGAUUUGUUGCCAUCAAGUCAACAAAAUCAAGGUACAAUUUUGGGAAACCAAGCUCAUCCUCAUCGUCCCCUAAAGUUACAUCCCCAUGCUCAUCCUCACCAUCAGGAGACCUUUAGAAGCUUUGCACCUGGCAUGUCUGUAUCUCCAUUCCAAGGACAAGGAGGUAAUGCAACCAUGACACCAGUUUCUGUUCUGCCAACGUCUUUUUCUGUACCUCCUGCUGUGCCACCCUAUGGCGUGCUGUCUGCACCUGGGUUUCCUAUGCCACCAUUACCGCCUGGACCACCAGCACCUGUCUCACUGCAGAUGGGUUCAUCAUCAUCACAAGUUGGUGGCCCCCAACCAUUUGUCUCUGGACUGUUGAGUAACCUUAUGCGGCACGGUGUAAUUUCACUGGAACCACCUAGUCAAUCCCAGGAUUCUGUUGGAGUUGACUUCAAUGUAGACCUCAAGGUACGGAAUGAAUCUGUCACCAAUGCUUUGUAUCAGGAUCUUCCAAGGCAGUGCAAAACUUGUGGUCUUCGAUUUAAAUGCCAAGAGGAGCAUCGUGCUCACAUGGACUGGCAUGUUACAAAGAACAGGAAUUCAAAGAAUCGUAAGAAAUCUUCACGUAAAUAUUUUGUCACCGCUGUUGAAUGGUUAAGAGCAGCAGAAACAGUAGGAAACGAUGGAGUUCCUGCUUUUGUGCUCUCAGACCCAGUCCCAGACAGACAGGAAGAGAAAGAAAUUGCUGUUCCUGCGGAUGAGGAGCAAACAUCCUGUGCAUUAUGUCAAGAGCCAUUUGAAGAUUUCUACAGUGAUGAGACUGACGAGUGGAUGUACAGAGGUGCAGUUUAUAUGAAUGCACCAGAUGGUAAUAUCGAUGGUUUGGAAUGGUCACAGUUGGGACCUAUUGUCCAUGCUAAAUGUCGAUCUGGGCCCGGCAAUACUUCUUAGGGUGGGCAUAGCUGGGAUGAUUUGAUAGUUUUUUUUUCCCGUUGCGGCUGUAGGCAUGACCUGUAAACUAAUGGAGACUCAGAUUUUGGUAUGGUUAGCUUCUUUUCCAUCUGGCUCCCUUAAUAGCCAGUGCAUAGAAUGUUUUUUGGAACAAAAAGGCAGGAGCCAGUGCAUAGAAUGUCAAUGUGACAAUAGUGUAUAACUGUAAAAUUUUUGUGUAAUUCAGUUGCACAGUGCUGCUUUUUCAUUACAACUAUAGUGUGAUCUAUACUGAAGCUUCAUGUUUAGGGUUUCUGCAGCACAGUUGUUGACAACGGUAUAUGUAUAUGUAACCAUGGUUUCACUGGACAUGGGAAACAAUAUAUUUCAAUAGUCCUGUUUUCUUCCGUUAAUAUCUUGUGCAGAAUACAUAGCAGUUCUCUACGUUGGUUGGUAGCUUUGGAAGGGAUCGCCCAAGAUGACCAUGAGUGCUGGUGACUAUUUAUGCCUCUCCUGAAGUGAAAGGGACUAGAUGCUGUCAUUACCUUAUUGCCAAAACUUUUUAGUAUUUUCCUUUGUAAGUUGAGAGCGUUGUUUGUGACAUAUUCUCGGUCGCUUAUAUAGUUCCGUAUUGCUGAUA